AUGAUCGCACAGACACCGACCGCCUUGCUAUUACUACACCUCCCCGAUGAGGUCCUGAUUAACAUCUUCAGCUACCUCGAUUUCCGAACCCUGUGCAACGCGACUCUGGUCUCCAAGCACUUUGACGACCUGGCGGAGCCCUUCCUGUAUCACACAAUUGAGGUGGUCAGUGGUUGUCAAGCCUCUGCCCUGUCAGCCAGUCUACAUGCAAAUCCCCGCCGCAUCUCAUGGAUUCGCUCGCUGCUCGUCUCCACUAAGUUUGGGGAAGAUCAUGGCCUGAGCACAUUGCCAGCUUAUAUUUUCAUGAUGCGAAACCUCCAAGACCUGUGUCUCGAGACGCCCGACUGCAAUGCGAAAUUCCCCGAGGAGAGAGUCGGCUGGGUCAAUCUGCAGGACCGGUAUGAGCGCAUCUUCGAGGCAGCUUCAGCAGUAAUACCCAACAGUGUGGAGCGGGCCCUACCCAAUCUGCGAAACUGCACCUUACACUUCGUCGACGGUCAAAAGGAGAUAUAUUCUAUGACCAAAUACGCAAUGCUCUUCUUGCACCCGAAUCUGCGCUCGUUGACAAUGUCGUGUGCGAGCACCGACUUUCCCGACCGACUGCUGCGACAAUUCCAGGGUGACCCGGCACUCGUCGGAUCGACGAACCUCGAACACCUACAUCUCGAAGAAUGCGAUAUCUUCUCGCCUUCCUUGGAAAUUCUGUUGAGUUUCCCUCGAGCAUUGAAAUCGCUCAAGAUUAGUGAAGGCAUCCGCUAUGACGGCAUGUUUACUAGGAACAGUCGCAUGCACGGCAACGUAUCCCCCGGGACCUUUGUGGAUGCCAUAGCCAAGCACUGUACCCACUCGCUUGAGCACUUGUCUUUGAGCCUGGGAUACUCGAGACCAUCUCAUCAGCCAUUCAGCCAUCCCGGCCAACAUCUCAAUCUGUCAGCCUUCCGUGCUCUCAAGCAACUUGACCUCGAUGUGCGGACAGUCAACCUGAUAAGGGUACGAGCCGUGUGCGAUCACGCCACGUGGCGCCGACUCCCGCCGAACCUCGAGACUCUCAAAGUGUUUGGUAUUCCCUUGGGCGAUCGACCACCAUUUCACGCUCGGCGACGGGUUUGGUUUCCUUUCGAAACAUGUAUCGCGACCGACAAAGCGAAGCAUGGAGUACAACUUCUCAGUAACUUGGUAUAUUCAUAUGAAUAUUACAGAGAAGACGACGAGCCUAGAUUGACCGUGUCCGAGGAUGGAGAAAGGGAGGAACAAAUCAGCCAGGUUGUACUCGCACAGCGUCUGAUGGUCGAAAAAUGCAGAGAACUGCAACCCGUUUUCCAAAAGGCCAGUGUGAGGCUUGAAAUUGAAAUGGUGGCUUUACCUAACGGAUUCAUCCCACCAUAUUUAUUCACAGAGGACAAGCCAAAAUACUUCACACUGUGGGAGUCGGCUGCGAGAUGA